GCCGGGGCCGCCAUUGUUCCGCCGAGGGAAGACUGCGGGACCCCAGCAUUGGCGCCGAGACGCCGCUUAGCGGCCGCCACUGGAGACACCACCUUCCGCUUCCCUCUUCCCCUGGCGGUGGCGGAGUGAGGCUGACUAGGGGGAACCUGGGAGCCCCCUCUGUCCUCCCCGCGGCGGCAGCGGCCGAUCCCCGGCUCCGGCGCGAGGGGCGGCCGCGAUGCGUUCGGCCUGAGGCCGCCUGGCCCGGCCUUUCCUUGCUUCCCUUGACUCUUCCACGGCGUCUCGGCGCCCCAAGGUCCUCCUGCGAGUCGCUCUGACGGGGGGAAGAUGGCUGCACGGAGCUGGCAGGACGAGCUGGCCCAGCAGGCCGAGGAGGGCUCGGCCCGGCUCCGGGAAAUGCUCUCGGUCGGCCUAGGCUUCCUGCGCACCGAGCUGGGCCUCGACCUGGGGCUGGAGCCGAAGCGAUACCCGGGCUGGGUGAUACUCGUGGGCACGGGCGCGCUCGGGCUGCUGCUGCUGUUACUGCUCGGCUACGGCUGGGCCGCGGCUUGCGCUGGCGCCCGCAAAAAGCGGAGGAGCCCGCCCCGCAAGCGGGAGGAGGCGGUGGCCGCGGCGGCCCCAGCCCCUGACGACCUAGCCCUGCUGAAGAAUCUCCGAAGCGAGGAGCAGAAGAAGAAGAACCGGAAGAAAUUGCCGGAGAAGCCCAAACCAAAUGGACGGACUGUUGAAGUGGCUGAGGAUGAAAUUGUUCGUACUCCUCGAAAUGUGUCAGCAAAGCAGCCAUUAGAGCCAGACAAGAAAAAUGAAAAGUCAAAGAAAAAUAAGAAGAAAUCAAAGUCAGAUGCUAAAGCAGCGCAAAACAGUUCACGCCAUGAUGGAAAGGAAGUUGAUGAAGGAGCCUGGGAAACUAAAAUUAGUCACAGAGAGAAACGACAGCAGCGUAAACGUGAUAAGGUGCUGACUGAUUCUGGUUCAUUGGAUUCAGCUAUCCCUGGAAUAGAAAAUACCAUCACAGUUACCACCGAGCAACUUACAACUACAUCAUUUCCUGUGGGUUCCAAGAAGAAUAAAGGUGAUUCUCAUCUAAAUAUUCAAGUUAGCAACUUUAAGUCUGGAAAAGGAGAUUCUACACUUCAGGUUUCUUCAGGUCUGAAUGAAAGCCUCACACUAAAUGGAGGAGGCUGGAAUGAAAAGUCUGUGAAACUGUCCUCCCAGAUCAGUGCAGGUGAGGAGAAGUGGAACUCUGUUUCACCUCCUUCUGCAGGCAAGAGGAAAACUGAGCCAUCUGCUUGGGGUCAAGACACUGGAGACGCUAAUGCAAAUGGAAAGGACUGGGGAAGGAGCUGGAGUGACCGUUCAAUAUUUUCUGGCAUUGCUGCUUGGUCUAGUGUGGAUAGGGGAAUGAAUACCUCUGAACAGAAUUCUGCUUCUUUUGCAUCUCUCACACUUAACUCUGCUGUUUCUGGGUCUACUGCUGAGCCAGUUUCUCAGUCUUCCACUUCUGAUUAUCAGUGGGAUGUUAGCCGUAAUCAACCCUAUAUCGAUGAUGAAUGGUCUGGGUUAAAUGGUCUGUCAUCUGCUGAUCCUAGCUCUGAUUGGAAUGCACCAGCAGAAGAGUGGGGGAACUGGGUAGAUGAAGAAAGGGCUUCACUUCUAAAAUCCCAGGAACCAAUUCCUGAUGAUCAAAAAGUGUCUGAUGAUGAUAAAGAAAAAGGAGAGGGAGCUCUUCAAGCUGGGAAAUCUAAAAAGAAAAAGAAGAAAAAGAAGAAGCAAGGUGAAGAUAACUCUCUUGCACAGGACACAGAAGAAUUAGAAAAAGAGGUUAGAGAAGAGCUUCCAGUGAAUACCUCUAAAGCUCGUCCAAAACAGGAAAAAGCUUUUUCUUUGAAGACCAUAAGCACUAGUGAAGCAGCUGAAGUGCUCGUCAAAAAUAGCCAGCCUAUCAAGACUCUUCCACCUGCUGUUUCUAUGGAGCCAUCUAUAAUUUUAUCAAAAAGUGAUUCUGACAAGAGCUCUUCCCAAGUGCCACCGAUGCUACAAGAGACAGAUAAAUCCAAGUCUAGUAUUAAGCAAAAUAGUGUGCCUCCUUCACAGACCAAGUCUGAAACUAGCCGGGAAUCUCCCAAACAAAUAAAAAAGAAGAAAAAAGCCAGACGGGAAACGUGAAUAUUUUUCCUGAAUUGGACAUGUGUUUGCAAACACUGUCUUGAAGAUUAUGCUGUUUAUGCAAUAAUUUGUGAACAUGUACAGAGUUUUAUAUAAAUUUCAACCAAUUUUUAAAACAAAACUGUGAACACAGCCACCAUAAAAAUGGAAUCAAAGGAAAGUUAAUUUAUGAAACUAAAGUCAGCAGAACAUACUACAGUGCUGGAAGACACUUGAGAAAGUUUUCAAUUUAACAAGAAUAAUCUUAAUUUAAGAAUAUUAUCCUGGUUUUACAACAGUGCCCUGUUUACAACAGAUUGUGCCCUAUCUCAUCUGCAGCUGAGGAAUAAAGGAUUCUGAUUAGAGAGAGGGUUGCCUACAAGUUAGUAGGUACUUCUUGAAUCUUAUGCACGGAACUUGUACCAUUUGAAUCUGUUUUAUGCUUAAAUCAAAGUGCUUUGAUCAAGUGCAUAAUCUGCCAUAUCUUUACAUAUUCGUUGGUAACAAUUUGUAUUAAAGGAAUCACAAGUGCGAAUAAAAAGUCACUUAUCAUUUAACUAAACUGUCAUAGUUGAGUUUACAGUUUUUAAAAAGUUCUUAAAACAUUGAAAAUGCAGUUGACACUUGUAUGGUUUAUGAAGUAAUUUUUGAUAGUUUACAUUACUUGAAUUGUUCAAAGUACAGUAUAUUUUAAAUUAAAGGUAAACUAUAUGUAAUUGUUUUAUACUUUUAAGAUUCAGACUCACAAUUAAUGCUCUUGUUUAUGAUUUGAAAACUUUUAGGCAAAAGCCAACUUACGUAUUUUCUUUCCCUAGCAGUUACUUUUUCCACUGUCGGCUCUUUUUAGUUGACUAAGAUUUUUUUACUUUAAAAAUAAAAUCAUUCACAAACUAGUUAUACAGACAGAACUUUGAGGAUUUGAUGGAGAAUGAAAAACUAGCAUCAGACAGCUUUAAUUGACAUUGUCAAGACCUCCAGUUAUCAGGAAUACAUUUUUUUACUGCCUUAACCUGUAGUGUGUAGAAUAUGCAUCAAUUUCCUGAAGGGGAUUAGUGUUUUUAUAAGAAUUUUCAUGUAACUAUUGCAAUUGUGAUCAAAUAAGGAACAUUUCCUGCUUGAAACUGUAUUGAUUACAAUGACGUGUGAGAUGUUUCAACUUUUGCAGGCACUGUGUAAUUCUAUCGUAAUAAACUGGCAGGUAUCUUUGUAAGUAUAAAUAGUGCAUGCUCAGCCAUGUACACUGUAUAUAGCCUUUACCAAACGUGUUUGACAAGGACCAUAAUUAACAUCACUUAGUGAAUUGUGAUAAAGAGAAAAAAAGCCAUGAUUUAUUUGAUGUAAUUGGCUUACUUGUUUUUCUGUGGCACCAAGAAUGAAACCGUUUUAACAGCUGUAACCAAUGGUACUGAUAUAUCCAUCCAAUGUUGUCUUUAUUAUAUAUGAUUGUGGUUUGAUAGUAUUGUAUUGUCAGACUAGGAAAGCUAAAGAAACAAAAUGGCUUUAGUUUUGCUGAAGACUGGCCUUAUUAAUGAACAGCUUUCCUAACAAGCGAUAUUAACUUUCAUGCAGGUGUUAACAUCUGUUUCAGGAACAUGGCAGUAUGUUUACAUGUCAGAAGUUUUGUUUAAUUCAGUGAUACUUUAAGUUGAUUUGUUUAAAUAAAUUCAGCAAAUGGAUAGCAUUGUUUUUAUUUGCUUCAAUAUGGGGAUAAAUGACAACUAAAGUGCCAGGAAUGCAUUUCUUCAAAUGACUUUAUUGUAUUAGCUUUACAUAGGUGUUGCCUAAAUAGAUGUGAGGAUUCCUAAGUUGCCAGCACUUUGUAAAGGUAUCGCAAAGGAGAAUUUGCUAGGGAGUCUGUGUGAUUUUGGAAUGUGCCAAAAGGUCUAUGCUCAAAACAUUUAAUUGAACUCUCUCAACUCUACCUCACUAUUUCUUUAGUUAGAAUUCUGUUGACUGUCAGAUGUUACACUUUAUUUCUCCAUCCACGUAUCUCCCCAUUCAACCAGCUACACCAGGUGGUAGAAACACCCACCGUCUUUUGAGGAGAGAAUUAUUGUGGAGGUGGAGAGCACACUGAUUGCUAAGUUGGGAUGGAUCCAGUAUGGAGAUCCCUCUGUCCUUCCUGUCUCGCUUAUAAGCUAGAGAGUAGAUUUUACGUUUUAAGAGAUGGCAGCUAUGUGAGUGAUAAAAUUAAUGUAUUCAUCCUUUUUCAUAUUUAUGAGGUGUAGAUCGUUUGCACAAUGAAGUGUCAUUGUCCAGUACUGUUUACCUAUUCCAUAAGAUCUUUGUAUGGUAUUAAAGCUUUUUCUGGAAUCUGAACAAAGGAACUGGUUUUCAUCAUCAACUCGCAGGGCACUAAAAUCUAGGUUGACACAAUUACCUUGAUUUUAGUGCUCUCUGGGGGCACUAGUACACGGAGGAGGGAGCUACUUGGUGGCUGUAUAGACGUUUCCGGAACUGUUAGGAGUAUAAUUGACCCCUUCAGGCUUAGCCAGGCCUGCAGGGGAACCUUAUUCCUAGUAGCAAACAAAACUUCCUGGAGAAACCACUCAAAAGUCUCCCUCCUCCUGGCCAGUCCCCACAUACUGAAAAUCCUACUCUGUUCUGGAGCAGGCAGUAGUGGCUUAGGGUUUCCCCAGACUGGAAUCCUACAAACUUAUACCUUGGAUUGAGCAAAACAACAGUUGAGAGAGUCCAAAGGAAAAAAUAUAUAUAUAUUGAAAUAAAAUGUCUUUAAUGUAAUUUGCCAUAUUUACUUUGUGCAUGCAUUUUAUGAGGGGUGGUGAAAAUAAUUCAUGCAAACCUAAUGGUAUUAUCUAAUAGGCUAAUCAGGUUUUGUAUUUGGAUUAAAGAUACUGCAGGGCAAUGUUUAACUACAGAGCUUAGUUUUCUUUUCCUUAAUUAAAAAAAAAUCCUCUAUUAAUAUAGUAUGAAAUAUCUUUCAAAACUUAAAAUUUAGUUUUAAGAUGUCUAAUAGAUGUCUUCAGAUUUUCCUGUAAACUAAUUGCACAAACUGGAAUUGCUUUCCAAAAGACUUAGGGAAUGCAAAUAUAUUAUUUGUAAGAUGCUUUGAAUAUUGUAAAUAAAACAAACCAUUUUUGUUUUGUUUUAAUUGCUCAUUACAAUUCUCUUUUGGGAAGGAACUUGGCCAGUCAUUUUGCAGUUGAGCACCUCUUAAAAUGUCCAUGUUUGUGACACACAAUGCCUGUGUCCUCUAUAGGAAACAUCUUCCAUCUUAUGUCAUUUUAGCAGUUAGAUGUAGCAGCCACCAGGUGCGAUAUAUCACCUGUGUACAAAUGCAUCUUUUAGGUUAAGCAAGUUAGACUCAAAUUUGGGGUUAUGUAUUAGGAUUUUUUUAUUAGGAUUAGAUUUGGCUUUGUCUCCAAACAAUAGUGACUUAAACAAGAUAGAAGUUUCUCUUGUGUAUAAAAAUCCAGGAAGGCAGUCCAGGGCUAGUAUGACACUUAUGGUCAGGGAUCUGGGUUCCUUCGAUCUUGGCUGCUCCCUGUUCUCGCCAUGUGGUUUUCAUGUUGUGGUUGAAGGUGGCUUGCUGCAGCUCCAAACUUCAUAUCAGCAUUUCAGCCAAGUGGAAAAAUGGCAUGCCGCCUUCUUUAAGAACACUAUCUAGAAGUUCUACAUACCACAUAGGUUUAUAUUCCAGCUCAGUCACUUGAUCCCACUACUACAAAAGAGGAUGGGAAAUAAUAGUCCAUUAUUUAUUAUUAAUAGACUGUCAUGGGCCAAGUUAACAUUUGGGAGCUCCAUUACUGAGGAAGAAGAGACUUGGACGUUGGGGCCAGCCAGCAGUCUCUGUCGCGGGCUUGACUCACACUGCAUGUCCUGCUGCACUGCAUCAUUUUUAAGGUCACAUCUUUCCUUUUCCAGCUGAGCAGAAAAUUAGAAGUGUCUUGGAUGCCACUCAGGGUAGUAGCUGAUAAUGUUCCAAGGCCUACAUAAAGGACACUGGAAGGAAUUUCUGCCACUUAAUAACUCUGCUUUAAGUUCUAGAGACAGAAGCUCAGAGACUCUCAGUAGCCUUCCAUCAAACCUCCAGGGCAAGCAGAGAUUAUAACAAGUUUUAAUAAAAUGAUUACCCUGGUGUACAAUCUUUAAAAAUUUCGCAGUUACUACUGUCCUACUUUUUCUAAAUAGUUUUCCAGGCCAAGGAUUUCUAACCUUUGUAAUCAAGACAUGUAUGUGAAGUGUGUUGUAAGUUAACUAGUCACAGUCAUGGUACUGAGGUUUGUGAAUAAGUUACUUUGAAGAAAAAGCAGAUUUGAGGUCAUCCCCAUGGUAAUGAUAUUAUUUGUAUUUAUAUGCACUUUCGUUUUUUGAUUUGUUGUGAUCAAAGCAUUUAGAAUGAAUAUAUGUAACAUGUACAUAAAUUAUAAAGCAUAAUAAAAUGAACACCUCUGAUACUACCAUUCUGCUUAAGAAGGAACAUUACCAGUAGAGGGAUACUGGGGACAAACCUGAAUUUGGUAGUUGUGUUGUUUGGUAACAGGAUUAACAGGAAAAAGGCACGGAUGAAAAUGGCUGGCCUCAAACACCCUAACUUGGCACAAGUUCUUUUUGGUGCCAAAACUGGUCAUAGGUCCCAGGUAACGUGACGUGGCCUGAAAGGUGUUAAAGACAAUCUCACUGCUUGCCAUCCCUUCCUCAAAGCACCGUACUGCCAUCUGUUGGAAAAUCGUAAUAAAUACGUGUAGAUACAGAGACUAUGAAUGUGUGUGGUGCCCUCAGAGUUGACUGUGUCCUGCAUAACUGCAUUGCUGCUUUGUUAGGAUUUCCCUGAGGGUUGGAAGGAGGAUACCAAAAAAAAAAAAAAAAAAACCAUUGCCGUAGA